AUUCUGGCCCAUGUAUGAUCACCGUUAAUGGUAGCUUUGCCUGUAUGUUCGGGCACCAGCGUGGACAUGACAGAGACUUACUGGAUUCAGGAUUGACACAAUCCUAAAGCGAGCUGGCUGUGGAGAUCAGCUUCCGUCAUAGGAAUGCCAGCAACAGAAGGUGCCAGAGGGUGUCUGCAAAAGGGCUUUGGUAAAAGAACACUGUGCAGCCUGCUGGUGGCAUUGUCAAUUACUUCUUUGGUGGUCGCGUCUUACGUGUUGUCAGCAGGAACAUCAGAGUUAUUUCAGGCUUUAUCUUCACCCCAUUCUUUGACUUACAACAAAUCCAGCACAGAGAGACCUAAAAACAUUGUUCAGUCUGUCAAGCCCUGUUCAGUAAAUGCAACCUUUAUCUCUCCUCGCUUGGUUGUCUCUAUUACAAAGGAAAGAGAGAUCCAGCUUACAGGACGUAGGAUCCCAGACGUGGCAGAGCUGGAGCAAUACGAACCACAUCUAUUUUCUGUGAUUCCACAGAAGUUCCUAGGCCUUAGUCGCAGCCCUUGCUGGUACCAGAAGUAUGAUGGGAACUACAGCGCUGAUCCCUAUGGGAAAAAUGACUAUUCUUUAUAUGCCAAACGCUUGCAUGCCAUUUUCGAGGAGUUGCGGCAGGGGUUCCAGGAGCGACUUCAGUUGAUCGAGGGGCAACAAUACCGCUUGCGCUGUUUACCCCACUUUUACAUCAUUGGGCAGCCCAAAUGCGGCACAACAGACCUCUACGACCGAUUACGUCUGCACCCUAAUGUCCAAUUCUCCGUCAUUAAGGAGCCUCACUGGUGGACAAGGAAACGUUUUGGAAUUGUCAGAGUGAAGGAGCCAUUCCAUAAACCUUUCCCAUUGGAGGAUUAUCUGGACUUGUUUGAUUGGGCAGCAAAGAAAAUCCAAGAUUAUCAUAGUUUAGGAAUAGAGGCAGGGAGGAGGGAUCCAAUCCUUAUAGGAGAAGCCAGUGCGUCCACCAUGUGGGACAAUAGCGCCUGGUCUUAUUUCUAUGAUAAUGUCACCAACACAGAACCACCUGUUCUCAUCCAGGACUUCAUUCAUGCCUUCCAGCCACGAGCCAAGUUCCUCGUCAUGCUCCGGGAUCCUGUUGAGAGGUUGUAUUCAGACUAUUUGUACUUUUCUAUUGCAAACAAGUCUGCCGAGGACUUCAAUGACAAAGUGAAUGAGUCUCUGCAGAUGUUUGACAGCUGCCUGCAAGGUUCUUCUCUGCGAGCUUGCGCUUACAACACCACCUUCAGCAACAUUCUGCCGGUGCGGCUCCAUGUUGGUCUUUAUGUGGUAUAUCUGUGGGACUGGCUGACCGUCUUCAACCCCGAUCACUUUCUCAUACUCCGGCUGGAAGAUCACGCAGUCAACCCCAAACAGAGCAUGAGACUUGUGUACCAGUUCCUCGGUCUCGGAGCUUUAAAUAAUGAACAGGAGGCUUCUAUGAGCCAUAAAAAAGCGUCGAAUAGCCGCCGCCCAGAGGACUGCAGCCUGGGACCCAUGCUCCCUCAAACCAGACAGCUUCUUGUGGACUACUAUCGGCCCUACAACCAAAAAUUGGCACAGUUGCUUUCAAACAGAGCUUUCCUAUGGGAAAGGUAGCAAGGCGACGGACGCAUCCAUGUAUAUUUUCCUUUCUGCAUGAUCAACUGCACUGAAGGGGUUGCUCUGACAUCUAUUGGACUAAUGUGGGAACUGCAUGCUUUGGAGAAAAGCGAUGCUUGACUGCCCUCUAUGGAUCAAACUGUGGAUCUGCAAUGAAGAAUGUCAGUUACCAGAUGUGGAAGGGAAACAGUAGUCUGGUAAACUGUAUCA